AUGGAAAAAAUUAACGAUCAAGAGGUUUUAAAAAGAAUAACUAAUAUUACAGGCAAUUUAACGAAGGCUUCCUCGUGUAUUAAAAGAAAAGGCAAAAAAAAAAAGAAGAGAAAAUAUAAAAAAAUAGUUGAGGGAAAAUGGAAAAAUGUUGAACCAAAAAAAAAACAAACAAAAAAAAUAGUUGACUUGUUUGAAGACUUUAAAAUACAGAAGAAAAAAGAAACGUGUAAAUUUUUUUUUAAAAAAGGAAAAUGUAUACAUAAUGAAAAUUGUACGUACUCACAUGAUGUUACACCGAUAUAUAAAAUUUCAAAAUUAUGUAAAUUUUUAAUUAAGGGUAAAUGUGAUAAAGAAAAUUGUAUAUUUUCACAUGAUUAUCAACUCUUUUUCUGUCGUAAUAAUGUAAUAUACAAUUCUUGUCAUAACCCUAUGUGUAAGUUCAAACAUAUUAAAAUAGAUAAUACAAUUAACAAUGCAGAUCAGUAUAAUUUGGAAGUUGAUAAUGUUUUGAGUAAAGAUGACAAGAUAAGAUUUUUAUAUAAUAAUAAAAAUUACUUAAUGGAGUUAUUAAUUCAUAAAUAUCAUCAGUUUGAUAAUUACGACGAAUUAAAUAUAGAUGAAUUAAUAAAAAAAGAAACAUACCCAUGGUUUAUUAACGGUAUUAUUGAUUUAAUUAAAGUGGACUUUAAAUAUAGUAAAGCACAUGUCUUUUUUAAAUUAGUAACAAACUAUAAAAAAAAAACAUACAGUUCAAAUUUAAAUAUACCUGAUCAUAAUGCAAACUUUUUGGAAAAUAGGAACAGAAGUAUUAAUGAAGAGUCAACUGGUAAUAGUUAUUCUAAAGUGCAAGAUAACUAUUCCGAACAACAGAGCAACCAACAGAAGGAUAUUACAAACAAAAUAAAUAAUAAUAAAAGUGCCAGUGCCAACAAAUACAGCAACGACAAUGAUAACGAAAAAGAACACGAGCACAACAACGAUAGUAAUAAGAACGGGGAAGAAAGCUUCAAUGAUUGUAAAUUUUACUCAAGCGAGGAAGAAGAAGAUUACGAGAAAUAUUUAAAUAAACAUUUUGAAAUAGAUUCAUAA